CAGAUGUAAUAACGAGGCGAUAACAUGCAUAACCUAUAUAUUCAGUAACAGACACAGAACAACACUUAAAAUGAUCACUUGGACUGUUUUUACUUGUGUGGUUUUCUUAUUUGCUGGAGUGACCAAUGGUCAGACUCCGUGUUGCUCGCCUGACCAAUGGACUGGACAUCUCCUACAGAAUACGGGCGAGUAUAACAGGGUGGUAGACACAGCUUCCAAGGCUGACGUCAGCACGUUUAUAUAUUACGACCACCCUGGCCGCAGACUGGCCACCUUGCACGAUGUGUACAACCAGACAACCGAUAACCGGACGUCAGUCCAACGUAUCAUCAAUUACAGCAAAGGUUUAGAAUGGAGGAUUGUGGGAAAAGUGUGUACACUUCACAAGGUCACGGAGGUCAUGCCUUCUCCGUGUUUCCUGGAUGGCGCUUCUUCCUUCGGAAACCACAUGAUCUACAAGCUACCUGUCCAAGUAUGGUACAAAGAGUUUAGUGACGGCGGGAACAUCCGGUCCACUGUCGCCAAAGAUAAUUGUCUUCUGGUGACCGAAACCUCCCUAAGCAUCCUCAGCGGUCCAGAUUAUAUGCUGUCGUUCGGGGUCUACGAGAACAUUACAGGAGGAAGCGUCCCGUCAUCACCUUUCCAAAUCCCUUCUUCAUGUCCACAAUCUGGCCCGGUAUACCCGGGUUCAGCUACCCCCUACAGACCGUGGUACCUUCCCAACGAUAUCCUGGCAAGGAGAUGACGUCUCAUCGCGUGGUCAUUCACUUUUUAACAUGUUUAUGUAAAAUACAAAAAUGUUUGCAUUAAAGUAUUAGCCAACAAGAGCUUGUCUGGUAGACACGUCAAGUAUAGUAUGAAAUAUAAUGAACUACAGAAAAAGUUACUUCUUGAGAUAAAAUUGGGAGUUUGUCAAAAGUUAAAUAACGCACGGCAUUUGUAAUAACAGAUAUGGAGUCAAAUGUUAUUUUUGCCAGUGAAAUAUUGAAACUCAUUUAUUCUGUAAAAGUUUCACUGGUGACAAAGAUCACUUUCGCUGAUUUGACCAAUAAAAACACGGAUUGCAAACUACAAAUCAAAAAAUGACGAAGCAGAAAACCUGACACACAUGUAUAUACGAGUGGCCUAACUGUUCAAAUGUUGGUUAGGUUCACGAAACGCAGGCCUCGAGAAAAUCCUUCCGAGACUCCAUCUGUUAACAAUCACGGGGGAACUAUAAUCAGAGGGAGAGGGGGACGACACAACGUGUAAUUACUCACUUAAAUUUAACAGUAGCGAUCACAUGUACCUAAUUUUGAUACCGAGAAACACAAACUUUUUCGGAGUAAUCUGAUACGAGACCAGCGUAUGACUGGGUUCAUUUAAAUCUAUUCAGAAAGGAAGUUGCUUGAACGAUAAUUAAGCGUGAGUGUCAUGAGUCCCAGUGACCUUGGCCAUUGACAUUCAUUGUAUGACAUUGACUUUUGAUAGAGUACAUCUUCUAAAAAGGUCAAAUGAUUGACAAUGGUGGAAUCUUUCAGUAUUGCUUUAAAUACAAAUCUUAAAUUUAAGAUUUGAGAAUUUUCUGAGAUCAAUGCCGAGCUGUUGUGAAUAGGAGAAUGCCUAGAGGACGUUCAAGAAAACAUAAGUUUCACCUUAGUUUUGACAUGUUUUACCAAUCAAUGAUACAAAGGGAUUGGAAAACCAGCUUCUCUAACUUGUGAAUUGGUGCAUAGCUCUCUC